AUGCCGACAAUCGACGCCCAGUUCCAUCCCCACAUCGUCGAUAUGAUCUGGGACCAUAUGACAGAGGACAGUGCAAUCGUAGCGGGCAACGUAUGCCGGUCGUGGCGCGAUCGAGCAAUCCCCUUGCUGAUGAAGCACAUCGCUUUGCAUAGACGGGAUGACAACGAGGACGCCGACCCCGUGCUCGAGGAUAUGCCCAUCGGAGCACCUCUGCCGUAUCGGCGGAUCACAGGUCGUGUUCUCAUUAAAUCAUACACAAUCGGUUCGAAGCGGACGAUGCUACUGAAGUCCUUGAGAUACCGUCGGCGCGAGAUCUACAACUUCGACGCCGAUGAGUGGUUCUACGAGAAGGAGGAAAUCGACGAGGACCUUGGUAUGGACUUGCAAAAGCUCUUGGCUAAGGCGGAAGUGGUGGAAGCUGUCAACUGGAACCUUCACGAAUGCCAACUAGGCGAACUCACGGAUCUGCUGUUCAGAUCAACGAGGCAAGUGCAAUUCGAAGCUCGCACCUACGAUAUGUGGUCGCCUAUCCGGCCAGCAGACCCACUUCGCACGGAGACAGCUUCCAUCCGACCUCCUCUAGUCCGCUGGCGCGUACAGGAUUACACCAUGCCCCACUGGGAUUUAGGGCCAAGUGAGGUCUUGUUCUUCCUCGACUACAGCCAUGCACAGAACAUCGCAGAGGUGUUCAUCGGGGACUUCGACAAGGUGUAUGGACGCAAGCCCCACGCUUGCCGCCAUCUGACCCUCUCGAUCGACUGCUAUUGUGACCCCGUCCUCGGUAUGUGGGACAUCACCCGGUCGAUGGGUCCCGGCGACGUCCGCGGGCGACAGGACGACUGCACAAUUCUGCUGUUCAACAGAACAGGCAAAAAGCGCGGCGAGGGCUUUGACGAUGUCGGGCAUACUCGGGGCUUGCUUGUCAACUACUUCGAGACAUUCCCUAAUGGAGUGUUCUCGGAUGUGACUGUCGUUGGCCUAGAGGAGUUCUUCGAAGAGCAGGAGCCGCUUGAGCAGUAUCAGGACUUCUUAAGGAAGCAGUUCAAGAAGACGGCGAAGGAGCAUGGUCUGCACCUCCGCCCCUCUGCCUCGGGUGCGGUGCUCGUCUUCAGAACCCACGCCAAGCACAAGGCCAUAAUGGACGACUAUUACGGGCCCGGGGGCUACGAAAGGCGUGCAUUGAGUGGAGGUUUUCUGCGACCCAAAGCAACCCGCGUUCACACCAACGGUCUUCUCAACAUCGAAUUCGCAAUGCUCGACGCCAAACUCUACCCCGAAGUUAUCGACGCUGUAUGGCUGUUCAUGUCCGAGGAUGCUGCGAUCGUCGCCGGCAACGUGUGCAGGAACUGGCGCGACCGCGCAACCGAAGUCCUCAUUGGCCAUAUCUCCCUGCAUCUGCGCGAGGACACCAUUCGAGAGGAUGAGGUACCCCAGGAGACCUACGAAGGGAUGGACCCCUCAUACAGAAACAUCGACGGACGUGUUCUCAUCAAGUCAUAUCAGGUCGGCUCGAAGAAGACACUUCUUCUGCGAUCCCUACCGUACCGACGACAAGAGAUCUUCGACUGGGACCGUGACGAUUGGAAAUACGAAAAGGAGUGGGUCGAGGAGGAGCUCGGCGAGAAAUGGACGAGGUUGCUGGCUCGCACCCGUGUUGUCGACGUCAUCAACUGGGGUGUCAACGAGUGUAGGCUAGGCGAGUUGACGGAAUGCCUCUUCUGGGCAACGAACCAAGUUCGCUAUAACGACGACUCCUGGCCCGACUAUGGACCUUUUCGCGAACUGUACGACGGCGUGGAUGACGACGACGACCUCAGCGAAGAGCCUGUGCCGCCACUUGUGCGCUGGCACAAUGUCGGACCCCGCAUGCCACACUGGGACCUGGGCCCCCAACACCUUCUCCUCUUUCUCAGGUACUCGCACUCCAAGAUAACCCCGGAAGUCGAGUCGGUACACGAAAAGUACACGAUGGGCCGAGAACCGCAGUCGUGCCAGAACUUGACGCUUUCCAUCGACUGCUAUGGCGACCCCAUCCAACAGACGUAUGGCAGCUGGCCAGCGCUCGGCCAAGACUUUCACGAAUGGGGCCAAGAGGUCUUUACGGUUCUGCUGUUCAACAAAACCAAACGGAGGCGGUGGAUGUCCUUCAGCGACGUCGGGAAUGGGCGGGGCUUACUCGUUAACUUCCUCGAAACGUUUCCAAGUGUUACCUUUUCGGACAUCAUCAUCGUCGGACUUGAGGAGUUUAUCGACGACAAACCGUCCUUAGAGACAUACAAGCGUUUCCUCACGCAGAAGUUCAAGAAGAAAGCCAAGGCGUCCGGGCUCCGCCUACACCCGUCCCAGUUCGGAGCGAGAAUUCUGUUUAGGACCCACAGGGGCCACAAGAUCAUCAUGAACCGGGGAUACGGCAAGAGUGGUUAUGCCACGCAUGCGUUGAAGUGA